AUGCAGCAACACCAGCAGCAAAAGCAGCAGCAGCAGCAGCAGAUGCAGCAGAAGCAGCAGCAUCCGAAGCAGCAAAUGGAAGAAGCAGCAGCAGCAGCAGCAGCUGCAGCAGCAGAACCAGAGUCAGAAUCAGAAGACCAAGACAAAGAUAAAGACAAAGAUAAAGACAAAGACAAAGAUAAAGAUAAAGAUAAAGAUAAAGAUAAAGAUAAAGAUAAACAACUGACUGGGGGUGCGAGCGUCUCUAUGCCGCAGUCAUAA